UGAAUUUCACUUUUAAUAUUUUCUCUUUUUCUCUCUCAUUCCACCAUCUACCAUUUCCUAUCCAUCCUUCAUCCUUAAAGCUUUUUCUAUCAUAUAUGCUAUGGAUAACCCAGAGUUUGGAAGAGAACAUUCAGCUUCGGCCCCAAGUGGGGAUGGUCCGCCUCGGCCGGCAAUAACCCAGGAUCAGCUAUGGCUCGUGCUUCUCAGGGUUCGCGGUGAAGCCGCCGCACAAGAAGACCAGAGGAGUGACGCGUCUUCUCAUCAUACUUCGUCAUCAGGUCAAUCAUCUUACGAUAUUACAGCUGCAACCGAAGAGGACACCGAGCACUUUGAGGAGGAUGAAGGCGAAGACGAUGAGGGCCAUGAUUUUGAGGACCAUGAUUUUGAGGACCAUGAUUUUGAGGACCAUGAUUUUGAGGAUCAUGAUUUUGAGGGCAUCGAGGGGGACGAUAUAGAGCAAGAAGAACUAGACGAGGAAGAAGAAUUCCUCAACGACGAGGCCGCAUUCGACGCGUCCCUAGUUGGUUUGAAGGAAAUCAGCAACCUGGCUAGUUUCACCGUCAGCAGCUACAAACCUGGCUGUGGCGUUAAGGAGCUGCGAGAUGACGAUGUCAAUCAUUACUGGCAGUCUGACGGGCCUCAGCCCCACCGAUUAAAUAUUCAUUUCAUCAAGCGCGUAGAGAUACGCAAGCUCAGACUCUACCUGGAUUACGAGCUUGACGAGAGCUACACGCCCACCAAGAUCCAGAUCACGGCCGGAUUUAGUCCGAACAUGACUAUACCGUAUGUGAUGAUGGAGUUUAACCAACCCAAAGGCUGGGCCGACGUACCUAUCGAGGGAGCCGGCGGCGGACAUGAUGGCAACUCGCUGUGCUGCUGGUUUGUCCGAGUUAUCGUUCUCGAGAACCACCAGAACGGGAAGGACACGCACAUACGCGGGGUGGAAGUGUACGCCCUGGACGACAGCGCCGACACCGCGGAGAACAACCCCGUCGAAGACAUGGUCGAAGCAAUCGAUGAUUACCGCGAUAGGAUGGCGGCCAUGAACAUUCACGACCACGACGAAGAGGCGAUAUCGAAGCUCGCUGCCGACAAGCGAGAGCGGAAGGCGAAGUCUAGAAAGUAUACCCCUGGCGACGGCGGACUGAGCAUCCCCGACUUCAUGCGAGAGCCGGAAAUUCGUUGAGGGCGUGUGGCAGCGAGUUGUUUAGCAGGAUCGCAUAUCGAAGCACUUAGGCGUUCUGGAAUACUGGUUUAUAACUUACGAUACCCCGUGGCUAUUACGAUUUCUUAUUGCAUUGAAAGGAAGCAUAUCUCGCACUACGAGAGGUUAUUCGUUAGCAUAUGACAAGCUGGUAAUCGGCUUCUAAUUACACAUUUCCUUUCAACUUUCCUGUUUAUGACGAGGUAAAUAACAUUAGGUACCUUUUUGGACCCCCGGCUCUGAGUUUACG